CUGGGAACUCUCCGGUAGUAAGAGAAAAACUGCCCUUCUCUACGGAUUUUUCCUUGCCUUAAGGUGUAAUUGUGCACCAAGGUUAUUAUAGAGAGAAGAAAAAAAAAGGCUAAUGAUUUUUCAAGUCAAGUGAUGCAAGCUAUCUCAUUUUGAAACUAAAUUUGGGACGCCGGUCGGUCCUAAAAACCAGCUAGGAACUCUGUGCGAAAAACCGGAAAUAGCGCAAGCGAAACCUUUCUAAAAAUAGAGAAACCUUUCAUAAGCAGAGUGGAAGAGAAAGCUCGUUAAUUUCCCUGUGUUUUGGCGCGUUAUCACAAUGAAUCAAGGCAAAUCUUUCGAAGAGAGAGCAGCGUUGCUCCGUUCUGAUGAUCGCCGAUAUAAAUCCAUGGGAUCUGUUCACCAGAAUAAAUGCAAGGUUUACAAGCGGCGAUGGUACAUUUUGGCAGUCUUCUCAGUCGUUGCCGCACUGAAUAACUUGAUCUGGAAUACGUGGGGACCCAUACAAGGCACUUCACAAGUGGUGUUCGGCUGGGAUAGCACGACUAUAACGUUGCUUGCAGAUUGGGGUCCAAUUUCGUUUGUUGUUACUGUAGUACCAAUGUGCUGGCUUAUGGAUAUGAAAGGUUUAAGAGUAGCUGUUCUGGCAGCUGUCUUCUGUGAAUUUAUCGGAGCAGGUUUGCGCUGUAUACCCCUUCAUGGUCAGCAUGUUACCCUUCAAACUUGGCUCAUCCACUGUGGACAGUUCAUAACUGGAAUAGGAGGACCCAUUGCCAUGGCUGCAGCCCCAAUGGUGUCUGCGGCAUGGUUUCCCCCAGAUCAGCGCACAACAGCUACAGCCAUUUCCUCCCUUGCCUGUUACAGUGGAACUGCACUUUCUUUUGUUUUAGGACCCCUAAUGGUUCCGGAUGUGGGAGAUAUGAAAGUAGCUUUAAAUCUUACCACUGGGCCAGGCUCAGAGAUUAACUAUACAGCUCUGAGAAAGCAUUUCAACCAGAGUGAGAUUGACUACUUGAGAAAAAAAAUCAUGAAUCUCAUGUACACUGAGUUGGGGAUCACUGCUCUAACAAUGCUUUUUGUUAUCAUCCAUUUUCCCGAAAAGCCAAAGCUACCACCAAGUGUCACUGCUGCCUUAGGACGACUAGAAUUUAAAAUUGGUGCCAAGAACUUACUGAAGAAUGGCCAGUUCUGGUUGUUGGUUUUUAUAUAUGGUAUGGGAACAGGAGUUUAUGGUGGUUGGUGCUCCAUUUUAGAUCUUAAUCUCUCACAGUUCCAAAUUGAUCAGAAGACAGCUGGUUGGUUGGGGUUUGGGGCUGUUGUUGCUGGAUCAGUCUCAGGAAUUUCCCUCUCAAUAUUUGCAGACCACUUCACUCGUUACAUGAAGCUGAUUGUUAUAGCACUCCUGACUGGUGCCACAGUAUCACUGACGAUAUUUACUCUGAUAUGUGCUGACAUUCUUCCAUACUCAAAAGUGGUCCUGUUUGUAACCAGUAUCCUGGGAGGAUUGUUUGUAAAUGGAACCAUCCCAUUGUUCUUUGAAUUAGCGGUGGAAUCUACAUACCCAGUUGCAGAAGGAAUCACUUCAGGUUUUCUUACGUUUUCCAACAAUUUCUUGCAAGUUGUUUUCUACAUCUUCCCAAUGCUGCCGAAAUUUGGAUUGAAAUGGAUAAACUGGUGCACAUUUGUGACAACUGGCCUUUGUAUUCCUCUAUUGGUAUUUUGGAGGCAAAAGCGGUACCGCUCUGAUGAUGAUGCCAAAGACUGCUACAUUCCAGCCCCACAUAACAGGGAAUUGGAUGCUGAGGUCAAUUAUGGUGGUGUAUCAUCUGCUAGCGAUAAUGGACAUCUUCCAGUUCCUUCAAUACAGGAAAACUCUCACAACACUGAUGCUUUGGCUUCAAUUACAUGAAAUUGGUACUUUCAAUAUUUUUAGAAAGGGGUGUUUAAUUUAGAUAACAAAAUCUACCCAAAUGUAUUUAUACAGCUCUUCUGUCGAUAGCGGUUUAAGGGGGAUAUUCACAAUCAGCUUGCUGGUGGUGUGUUGCGUGUUUAAAUUCUCAGGUUUUAUUCUUUAGGUAUUCACUAUUUUUCUUUAACACCUCCUUUGCCUUUAGUUGGUUGAUACCAAGAAACUGCUUAACUGUUUCUACUGAAAAAUUAUAUCACCAAGAAUCCUUUCUUCUUCACACCCUUCUGUUUGAGAAGUAGUGUGGAGGUAGGGAGAAGUUGUUCCUCAAAAUUUAAAAAAAAAAAAAAAGGUUGAAAUUUCAUCUUGGUGACCACAUGCUUGAUUACUAAACCUUAAAGUAACUAUGACACUUUUUUUUUUCUAUUCUACAUCAAAAUAUAAUGACUCUUAAACAUGUUUUUGCAAUAUUUGUGAUAUUUUGCCCUUUUCUGAAUUUUUUAUCAAGCUCUAUAAUCUGCAGAUAAAAUGUCUGGCUGAGCAAAGAGGGACUGGGCACCAUGACGUCACAGUUGGAAUCUUGUGGAGAGAAAUAUACUUCAUGGAGUCAGGGGUAUUUGAAAAAUCCCAAACUACACAUUGAAAUGGCAUUUUUUGGUUAAAAAGAUUGUAAACUGUAGGUUCCACACUCACUUUGCUGCUUUGAUAAACUUGGUGUUACUACUGUGACGUCACAGGUUCCAGUACUCUUUAACACGGCCAAAGAGAUACGGGGAGCCUAAGUUCGAUACAAUUUCGGACUUUUAUUGCCUUAUAAAAUAACAAAGACGCAUCACAAUUACCCACAAAUCUUACCAGACACCCUCCACAUACUUCUAUUUUU